GAGCCUUACUUACGGCAUGUGUGGUACAUGGCUUGACAUUUCCUACGCAGAAACGUAGGCCGAGGAGCCAAAUGACGGAGCAAUGCUUUAACUAAUUGUGCUCCAUGCACGCUAGCUAAUUCUAAAAUGAAUUGAAAUUGAAAUCGAAGUCUCCAUUAAUUGAAUUGAGGUGAUGAAUAGAAGAGGAGAAUGGACGCGUUUAGGUUUAGAUUUGAAUCGUGACGAUACAACAGACAGAUGAGUGAGUAAAUUAUACGAUCCAAUCUAAUCUAUAGUUGCAAAUAUUAUUUUGAUUGAUUCAUAAAAUAGAAAGAAAAUGUCCGCAUCGCAAUCCCUUGGAGGUCCUUCACGGUGUGGCAGAAUCCUUGGUCCGUCACUCGACAAGAUCAUCAAGAACGCAGCCUGGCGUAAGCACUCUCACCUUGUCUCCUCCUGCAAAUCCACCCUUGACAAGCUCGAAUCCCUCUCCGAGUCGGAGUCGGAGUUCGAUUCCAAAUCCCCUCUUUUAGGUCUCUCCUCCUCGGAUGCCGAAUAUGUCCUUCAACCUCUUUUUCUCGCGCUUGACUCUGCUUACGCUAAGGUUGUUGAACCUGCUCUUGAAUGCACUUUUAAACUGCUAUCUCUUGGCCUUGUAUGCGGCGAGAUCGAUAAUAAUAAUUCACAGUCUGUUGGUGGCGGUGGUGUCGUCUUCAAUAUCAUUGACGCCAUCUGUAAGUCGGGCGGCCUUGGCGAGGAGGCAAUCGAGUUAGGCGUGCUCAGAGUCCUGCUUUCAUCUGUAAGAUCCCCAUGCAUUCUGAUCCGGGGAGAUUGUCUGGUUCAGAUUGUUAGAACUUGUUAUAAUGUAUACCUCGGUGGGGUAAACGGAACUAAUCAGAUCUGUGCUAAGUCGGUUCUUGCCCAGAUCAUGACUAUUGUUUUCACCAGAGUCGAGGAGGACUCCAUGGAUGUCUUCGUUAAAAGGGUUUCUGUUAGUGAACUCUUGGAGUUCACCGAUAAGAAUUUAAACGAGGGCAAUUCCAUUCAUUUUUGCCAAAACUUUAUCAACGAGGUCAUGGAGGCCACUCAGGGUCUUCCUCUCAUCCCAUCGCCUAUGGAAAUAAUAAUACCCAAACCACAACUGGACGAUCCUGAACCUGAUGGAAUUACUACUAGUAGUAGUAAAAUAAGGGAGGAUGGUUUUCUUCUUUUUAAAAAUUUGUGCAAAUUGUCUAUGAAAUUCUCCUCUCAACAACACCCCGAUGAUCGUAUCCUUUUGAGAGGAAAAAUAUUGUCCUUGGAGCUCCUUAAGGUUGUCAUGGAUAACGGUGGCUCAAUAUGGCGCGUCAAUGAAAGGUUUCUCAAUGGCAUCAAGCAGUAUCUAUGCUUGUCAUUAUUAAAGAACAGUGCCCUUUCAGCAAUGGCCAUUUUUCAACUUCAGUGUUCCAUUUUCAUGAACUUGUUAUCGAAAUUUAGAUCAGGCUUGAAAAAAGAAAUUGGCAUGUUUUUCCCCAUGCUUAUCCUCCGUGUUCUUGAGAAUGUUCUUCAGCCCAGUUUUCUGCAGAAAAUGACUGUCCUUAACUUAUUGGACAAAUUAUCUCAAGAUCCUCAGAUUAUUAUUGACAUUUUUGUCAAUUAUGAUUGUGAUGUGGAUGCUUCGAACAUAUUUGAAAGGAUUGUCAACGGCCUUCUGAAAACUGCUUUGGGACCACCUACGGGGUCAACCACAUCUUUGUCUCCAGCACAAGAUAUUACUUUCCGACAUGAAUCUGUGAAGUGCUUGGUCAGCAUCAUCAAGUCAAUGGGAGCAUGGAUGGAUCAGCAGAUAAGGCCAGGAGAUCUGUAUCUUAUUAAGAGCCCCGAAAGCACCAGCGUAGGAGAGAGCCAGUUAACACUAAAUGGAGAAGAAGGAAUUGCUUCUGAUCUUGAGUUACAUCCUGAUGCAAAUUCUGAAUUCUCAGAUGCUGCCACGUUAGAGCAGCGCCGGGCAUAUAAAGUUGAGCUUCAGAAAGGUAUAUCACUUUUUAAUAGAAAACCUUCCAAGGGUAUUGAAUUCUUGCUAAGCAACAAAAAAAUUGGUAGUUCUCCAGAAGAAGUGGCCUUGUUCCUGAAGAAUACUGGUGGUCUUGACGAGACCAAGAUUGGUGAAUAUUUGGGCGAAAGAGAGGAGUUUUCUCUUAAAGUUAUGCAUGCUUACGUAGAUUCCUUCCACUUCAAAGGGAUGGACUUUGGUGAAGCUAUACGAUUUUUUCUUCAGGGCUUUAGGUUGCCUGGUGAGGCACAGAAAAUUGAUCGCAUUAUGGAGAAGUUUGCUGAGCGCUUUUGUAAAUGCAAUCCUAGUUCUUUCAGCAGUGCAGACACAGCCUACGUUCUUGCAUACUCUGUAAUAAUGCUUAAUACAGACGCUCAUAAUAAUAUGGUGAAAGAUAAGAUGACAAAGGCUGAUUUUAUCCGAAACAACCGAGGAAUAGAUGAUGGAAAAGAUUUACCGGAGGAAUAUCUUGGGGUCCUUUAUGAAAAAAUUGUUAGAAACGAAAUUAAGAUGAACGCCGAUUCUUCUGCACCUCAGAGUAAACAAGCAAAUAGUUUUAAUAGAUUGCUGGGAUUAGAUGGUAUACUCAAUCUUGUGAACUGGAAGCAAAACGAGGAAAAAGCAGUGGGUGCAAAUGGGCUUCUCAUUCGGCACAUUCAGGAGCAGUUUAAAUCAAAUUCACGAAAAUCAGAAUCUGCUUAUCAUGUUGUCACAGACGUGGCUAUACUGAGGUUUAUGGUCGAAGUAUGUUGGGGGCCUAUGCUGGCUGCAUUUAGCGUAACGCUUGACCAGAGUGAUGACAGGGUAGCUACUUCUCAAUCCUUACAGGGAUUUCGACAUGCUGUGCAUGUUACAGCAGUGAUGGGCAUGCAAACUCAAAGGGAUGCUUUUGUUACAUCUGUUGCCAAAUUCACUUAUCUGCAUUGUGCUGGAGAUAUGAAACAGAAAAAUGUUGAUGCUGUCAAGGCAAUAAUAUCAAUUGCCAUUGAAGACGGUGAUCAUCUGCAAGAAGCCUGGGAACACAUAUUAACGUGCCUCUCUCGAAUUGAGCAUUUGCAACUGUUAGGUGAGGGCGCCCCAAGUGAUGCAACCUUCUUCACUUCAUCUAAUUUUGAAACAGAGGAGAAAACACCAAAAACAUUAGGUUUCUCUUCUUUUAAGAAAGGAACUCUCCAGAAUCCAGCCAUGGUGGCCGUAGUUCGGGGAAGUUCAUAUGACAGUACUAGUGUUGGGGUCAACCCUUCUGCAUUGGUAACACCGGAGCAGAUAAAUAGUUUCAUUUCUAAUUUGAAUCUGCUGGAUCAAAUUGGGAACUUUGAAUUGAACCAUGUAUUUGCUCAUAGUCAACGGUUGAAUGGUGAAGCAAUAGUAGCAUUUGUGAAAGCUCUUUGCAAAGUUUCCAUCUCAGAGUUACAGUCUCCAACAGACCCUCGUGUAUUUGGGCUCACUAAAAUAGUAGAAAUCGCGCAUUAUAAUAUGAACCGCAUCAGAUUAGUGUGGUCUCGCAUAUGGAAUGUUCUAUCCGAUUUCUUUGUGUCAGUUGGCUUGUCAGAAAACCUGUCAGUUGCGAUCUUUGCCAUGGAUUCACUGCGACAACUUGCGAUGAAAUUUUUGGAGCGUGAGGAGCUGGCUAAUUAUAACUUCCAGAAUGAAUUUCUGAGACCAUUUGUGAUUGUUAUGCAGAAGAGCAACUCUACAGAAAUUAGAGAAUUAAUAGUUCGUUGUAUUUCACAGAUGGUCCUUAGCCGUGUCAGCAAUGUGAAAUCUGGCUGGAAAAGUGUUUUUAUGGUUUUUACAGCUGCUGCGGCUGACGAGCGGAAGAAUAUAGUAUUGUUGGCAUUUGAGACCAUGGAGAAAAUAGUGCGUGAAUUUUUCCCUUAUAUUACUGAGACGGAAACAACGACCUUCACUGACUGUGUUGGAUGCCUUUUGACAUUUACAAAUAGCCGAUUCAAUAGUGAUGUUAGCCUCAAUGCAAUUGCAUUUCUUCGUUUCUGUGCAGUCAGACUUGCUGAUGGAGGACUUGUUUGCAAUAAGAAGAGAAAUGCCGAUGGCUCAUCAAUUGUAGUAGCAAAUGGUGUUUCGGAUGUACAAGAUCUUACUGAUAACGACGAUCACAUGUCCUUUUGGAUUCCUUUGCUAUCAGGGCUGUCAAAAUUAACUUCUGAUCCAAGAUCAGCUAUCAGAAAGAGUUCAUUGGAGGUUCUUUUUAAUAUUUUGAAGGAUCAUGGGCAUCUAUUCUCACGCACAUUUUGGAAUAGCAUUUUCUGUUCUGUUAUUUUCCCUGUAUAUAACUCAGUAUCUGGAAAGCGAGACAUGAGUAUCCUAGACAGUCAUUGUUCAUCUUCUUCAGUAUUUGUGCAUACUGAAGGAAGCACAUGGGAUUCUGAGACUUCUUCGGUAGCAGCAGAAUGUUUAAUAGAUUUAUUUGUCAUCUUCUUUGAUAUGGUGAGGUCUCAGCUACCAGGUGUGGUGUCUGUACUGACAGGUUUCAUUAGAAGUCCUGUUCAGGGUCCAGCUAGUACUGGAGUUGCUGGAUUAGUGCGUCUCACAGGUGACCUUGGUAAUAGGCUUUCAGAAGAAGAAUGGAAAGAGAUUUUUCUGUGUUUGAAAGAUGCAGCUACAUCAUCAGUGCCUGGAUUCAUAAAGGUCUUGAGAACCAUGAGUAAUAUUGAGGUGCUUAAAAUUUCACAGUCUUCUGAUCAUGAUUUGACAAAUGAUGAGUUUGAUGAUGACAAUCUGCAAACAGCCACAUAUGUUGUGUCAAGAACAAAGAAUCAUAUUGCCAUGCAGCUACUUAUUAUACAGGUUACAACUGAUCUGUACAGAAAACACCAGCAAUCCUUAUCACUGCUCAACAUCAAAGUCCUUAUUGAAUUAUAUUCAUCUAUUGCUUGCUCGAUCUUGGAAUUAUCUGCCCCGCCUGUGGUUCAUUUUGAAAAUGAGUCCUUCCAGAAUCACCUCAACUUUCUACAAAACUUACAUGACAGUCAUCAUUUUGUGCAUGAUGAGAUAGAUCUAGAACAAGAAUUAGUAACUGUAUGUGAAAAUGUACUGGACAUAUAUCUAACUUGUGCUGGUUCUGCAUCUGCAAUUCACAAGUCUGAUACUCAGCCAGUGCCACGUCGACAACUGCCUCUGAAUUCAGCCAAGAAAGAAGAGAUAGCUGCUAGGACAUCUCUAGUCAUCUCAGCACUGCAAGGGUUGGCUGGUCUGGGAAAAGAUUCAUUCAGACGGUAUAUUCCACGGUUCUUUCAGUUAUUGGUAGAUCUAGUGAGGAGUGAACACACCUCUGGAGAAGUUCAGCUUGCCCUGAGUAAUAUGUUCCGUUCGUCUGUAGGCCCCAUUAUAAUGGAAUGACAGUUGUGGAAUUUCUUUUUUUGAGAACGACAUUGCGUUUUAGUCAGCUAUUUCUUUAUAAGUUGAAGCACAGGCCAAUGUAUAGGCAUAUCUUAUUUUACUAUCCAUUGCAGCUGUGGGUGCUACUCUUGGAUUUUUGUUAUUAUAUGUGCCAUAAUGUAAAUGAUAAAUUUAUUUGAAGCAGCACUCUGAGUGAUCACGGAUAAUCGAAUACUGUUAUUCUACCAAGAUCCACUUGGGUCGAGAUUGAAAGGUGGAGGGUGGCUUUAAGUAUUUUUA